UGAACUUGAACGUCGAAAUUCGAAAUGACUACCGUAUCGUUGAGUACCGAAAUACAUCCGGAUUUUUCGGAGUAUGUGGUUAAGCUGCUGUCCAAAAAUCGAAUCGGCACCGUAUUCGAGUUUGUACGCUGCGAAAACGACCGCCUGAUCAGGAUCACCAACUUUCCCUUCGAACAAAUUUGCGCCAUCAAAUUGGAGCUCACCGAACGGUUCUCCGGCAACAACAUUCAGGUUCCGGAAUACUUUCGUUACCUAUCAGAACUGGUUGAACCGCUCGAAACGAGGAUUCACGGUUUGGAUCUGCUCUUGGAAGGUGGUCUGCUACCAGGGCACGUGCUAGAAGUUUGUGGGGAUUCUGCGACCGGAAAAACUCAGCUCUGCACAACGAUAGCGCUCAAUGUGGCGCUCAAGCACAAGUUCGACGUGUUCUAUGUGGACACCAAAUGUGACUUUUCUGUCCAACGGUGUCACCAAAUGUUGAAGCAUCGUCAGCUGACUGAAGACGUGUGGCAACAAACCAUGGAUCGUAUUAAAGUUGAGCGAAUAUUUUCACCGGAGGGUUUGAUCUGUGCCGUGGAAUCAUUGCUGGAGACCGUGGAUGAUAUGACGAAAUUCAAGCUACUCAUUAUAGACUCCCUUCCCUCGCUUUGGUACAUGUACCAAAACUCUAAAAGCAACUGUUACCCAUUGGGAACGCUAACAAGACUGAUAGGAAUUCUGCGUAAAUUAGCAUCGGAGAAUCUGAUAAGUGUAGUGCUAGUAAAUUUGAGGAUACGGUCGUUUGACUCUUUCGGACAAAGCACUAGUAAGAGGAGUGGUCAUCGAACUGCAAAUGGGUACUAUUCUGCCCUAGGUCGUUAUUGGGAAACUGCACCAACCACGAGACUUUUAUUGUGCAAAUUAGAAGACAACGAAUCUACAGACGAAAAACGCUGGAUAAGCGUAUGGAAAAGUAACUAUCUGAAAACCAAAACCCGUCAAAUUGUUACCAUUAGCGAUAGAGGAGUCCUUUGA